AUGAUGGCUUUAAAUUAUAAAUUGGUUUUUAUAACUAUUAUCAUCUUGUUGGCUAUUUUACCAACAAGUUUUACGCAAAAUAUAUUUACAUAUACAGAAGAACUUUACCAAACUAAUCUUACAUCAUAUCCACCUCGUGUCCUGUAUCUUCGCCAUUACAGUGGAAGUGAAGGUGCAGUAGUUGUUCAUAUCGGACGUAAACUCAAUUUUGGACCUUCUUACUUAAUCCCAAAUACAACUACUUGGUAUCCAAACGAAUUUGUAGUAAAUAAUAUUAUUCCUGAAAAAGGUUUUUUACGUUUAUCUGCAAUUAGUGGAACGAGAAAUUUUGAAUGGAGUCAAUACUCACAUUUAAUGACAAGUACUAGGCAUAAUGAUGAUGCUUUUACCAGUUUUCAACUUACGGUGUUUGCAACUUUAGAUGGAGGAUAUGCAGUUGUGUAUGCCAACACGACAACCAUAAAUACAACUUUUGAAUUUACUCCAACUGCAGGAAUAUAUGUACUAUUAUUGGGUUAUAAUCAAACAUCAACGCCUAAAAGAAUUAUUUUAUAUGAAUUACCGCAGAAGAAUCUAACAUUCAAUCAACUAUACUGUUCCGUGGAUUAUGUUGCUAUCGGUCAUUCAUGUAUUAUAGCCCUGGCUGGUACCUCAGCUGCACCGAUUGCCACCACUGUACCUCAAUCUGUUUCUUCUCAAAAUACAGAAAUAUUUUACGUGAAAAUACGUUUUCUUUCCUCUGGAGCACUGUUGUCAUUAGAUCUAAUAUCUAACAAUACAUUUAAUGCAAAUGUUAAAACGUUGCCUUAUGGUGGAUAUAUAAUAAUAUCACGAGAACUUUCUAAAGUGGAUAAUAUUUCUGAAAAUUUAAAUUUUAGUCUUUUUGAUGAAGAGAAUAAACCAUCAGAUUAUAGCUUUCCGCAGAAGCCUAUUGUUGCCAAUUUAUUUGGUACUCUUGAUGUAACUCAAAAUAAUACGUUUCUAGUAGCACUAAAUGAAUCAUCGUUGAACACUUGGAGUUUGCUUUCGAUCUCACUACCUAAACUUAAUUCAUACAAUGAUAAUGGUUAUGGUAACUUUCAUAUCUCCGACACAUAUCCUCAAAACAAACUUGUUAAUCUAGAAUUAGGUUACAACACGAUUAACAUCACAUAUCAUGAUUCAAUUAGAUUUUCGGAUGGUAAUUUAACUAUUUAUCAAACAACUAGUGAUGGUAGUUUUCUUCGACAGACAAUUAAUUCAAGAACUUGUGACACCAGCACUAAAUGCCAAGUUUUUGACAAAGUUGUCAUUCUUAAAAUUCUUGAUUGCACUUUUAAUGAACCGAGUGGGACAUAUUAUAUAAAAAUGGAUACUAAUUUUGUGCAGAGCGCACAAUACGGUGAACCCAUGCUAGGAAUUGAUCCUAACAUGUGGACUUUUCAAACAGGUUUAUAUUUACAAAAUUAUAAUCCUAAUAGAGACAACUCAACGUUUUAUGAUAACGGUAUCACAGGAUCAAUACGAUUAACAUUAGAUGGAACUCAACUUUUCCAAAACAUGAGUUCCUCAGAAAAGUCCGUCUUUCUCGCUGCAUUAGUAAAUGAAUUCACAAUCAAAGUUCCCACAGAGAAAGGAAGAUUAAAUACCAAUCAGAAUGUUCAAUUGGAUACAUCUUCAAAAUCGAAUCUUCUUAUUUUGCUUUCUAUUAAUGGAGCAAAAUCUGGUAAUAAAUUGAAUAGCAAUGAAGUAAAGAAAAAUUUAGACCAGCUAAUACGUAACAAACAAGAUACGCCUAUAUCAAUCGGAAAUUCCAGUUAUUUAGAUGAUUUUUAUGGAUUUCAAACAACUAGGCAAUUUUCGGACCUCUUUGAUGCAAAUAAAACAAAGUUUAUAAUAGUUUUUGUAGCCAUAGCUAUAAAUCUAUUAAUUUUCUUAAUAUUUAGAUUAAGAUCACCAGAUGGAGACAACUUAAUCAUUCUUACACUUGGUCUUACCAUAUUUCGUUUCGUCUCAUAUUUGAUAUUUGUUAUCUUCGAUUCUACUGUCAUUUCAUUUCUUUAUGCACCAAGCAUAUCAUUUCUGGUGAUUCCUGUAGCAGUAAAUUUAAUUCUAUCAUUUUCAGUUUUAGUAACAGAGCGGAGUAAAGAAUUUAUUGACUGGCUUGGAAAUUAUACAAGAGUUGCUGUUACAAUAGCAUUAUUAUCCGGCGCAAAUAUUGAUUUGUUAUCUUUAAUAAAAUCGUAUUUAAUGGGAUGGGACUUCUUAAACGCACCGUUGUCUAGAAAUGCAUUGAGAGUAAUUUUUUGGGGAGGUUGCGUUAGCAUACUUUUGGCAGAUAUACCACAAUUAGUUAUUCAGGCUGAAGCGAAUGAGAUUGAAGGUACUUAA